AUGGCAGUGGAUAAUUGGACCAUAAAUCUUGAAUGUGAUGGGGCACCUGAAGGAGAGAGACAUGUGCAAACGGAAAUGGACAGAGAUGUGAUAUGCUACUGGAACCUGAUUGAUUUGAUCAAGGAUCAUGGAUACUCAUCAGUUGACUAUCUAUACUACAAGCGAAAAGAUAGCUUGGUUGUACUAGAACAAGAUCCUGAAGUGAUGAAAAUGCUUAACGAGUGUGAGAGCAAAAAGAUGGUUAGCUUGUUUGUGACAAAGGACAGACCGGCCACUUUAGCGCCUACCAAGUCCAACAAAGAACCAUCCAAAUCUAAACCAAAAAAAACUAAAGGAAGAGGAGGUACAAAGAAAAAGAAAGCAUUAAAUUUAAUGCAUACUGAAGCACUAUAUGCUAACGAGGUUGAGCAGCGCGAUGAUGAGAACCAGAACACAUCAGCUGAUGGCGACAAAGAACCUAAAAAGCGAAAGGGGACUAUUUUAACACAUGUUUGGGAUCUACUUGAUGGAGAUAGGAUAGUAGUAAGAUGUAAUAAGCUUGGACAGCCCAUUGGAAAAGAAGGUGGCCUUUUAGGCCAAUUUUUGGGCACCAUAGCAAGAAAUGGUGGUUACUGUCCGGUUGGUGCCAUAGAUUGGAGAAAAGUUAAGAAAGACUAUGGAGAAACCAUCAUUCAAUUUGUACAGACAAAGUUCUUGUAUCCUCAUUCAUGUGAGAAAUGGAUAUUCAAAUCAAUUGGAAGAGAUUGGAGAAAAUACAAGGCAACAUUAAAAAAGACACUAUUUAAUCCAAAGAAGAAAAGGUUUGUUUUGAACAAGCGUUGUCCAGAUGAUAUUGUUGAAGCUGAAUGGAAGGCCCUAGUAGGAUACUGGAAGUCCGAAGAAGGAAAAACCCUUAGUGAAAAGAACAAAAUAAGUCGUGAAAUGAGGAAGACAACUCAUACAAAGAGGUACAAAGAGUUAUGCUCAUUGGUCGAGGACAUGGUUCAAUUGGAAAAUCUCCUAGACACACAACCAGAGUUAGCACAAAAUAGUGAGGGCGGAGUUGCAUGGGAAGGUGAUGCAUUACAUCAGGUGUUGGGAGAAGAAAAAGCUGGACAAGUGCACGGCAUGGGAUUGCUUCCAGUUCCUAAACAAGUUUAUGGUCGAAAAACACACCAUUUUAAGGACAUUAAUAUAGUUUCACUAGAUGGCUCAUCAUCUGAUGUAGAGGUUCACAUGUUGGAGGAAAUAAGGCAACUCAAAGAGCAUUCUAGAAUGCAAGACAAAGUUAUCGAAGAACUAAAAAAUAAUCAGAGGCACAAUGAGAACCAAGAAGCAACAAUGGGAAAUUGUGCUAGGAGUGAUCACAACAAUUCUCAGAAUCAAGUACUGAAUUGUAAAAGAAAGAGAGUCCAGUGUGGUGCACCCAACCAGAAUGAGGGAUUCCUCAAACAUAGGGAUGAAUUGAAUAAAGAAACAUGUGAAUUUGAAUUUAGUGAUGAUGACAAUGUACUUUUAUCUGGAGAAAAGUUUGAUUCUUGUCAAAGGAGUUCCGCCACAAGUAGAAUAAUACCAAAGAAACAAAAGGUUGGGUCCACAGUGCUACUAAUGACUUCGAAAUAUCCUAAUAAUGGUAAUGUGGCAUAUGCAACUCUCUUGAGAACUAAUCCAGAAGCCCUUGUUGGUGGAGUUAAGAUAGGAAGUCAAUUCUACAAAGUGCGUAUCAAUCAUCCUAUAACAAAAGAUGAGCCAUUAGUGAGGCCUAUGCUUGGGUGCGACAAUAUUGGUGAUGCUCAUGCCAAAGGAGUCCAAAUUGCUUGGCCUUCGAUGUUUGUUCAAAUGAUUAAUGGUUGA